AUCCCGAACGCAGGACCUGAAAAUGCGGCUACAUCGAUGAAAUGGAAAAUUAGAAAGCACAAGAAAGCUGGGAAGCAAGGCAAAAUGAGAAAAUUGAAACAAGGCCAAUCUGCGGGGAAAUCAGUGGCAUUUGACACAAGUGUUGUUUUGGAGCUACCGAAGACUAGUGACGUUGAAGUGCAGACAGAUGUGACGGUACCCAUGGAGCCACUGAAGCUGACUGCUCGGGAUUUGACAGGGUCGAAGCUGACUGAAAAUUAUUGUCGUCGAUUGGCUGAACGCGAUGCCAAAAAAGAGCAUGAGCUGAGGGAAACGUAUUUCAAAGUACGUUAA